AUGGAAAAGGAUAAAAAUACAGAUCAGCAAAUGGUUUCGAAUGAAGAUAUGUCCAAAGGACAAAUUCAACUUUCAAUACCUCCACACCAGGUCCAGACAGGAGGGGAGCCUGAUGACAUCGCUCUUAAAAAUGGAAUGUCAACGAUAGAAGGCGAUGAACAAGCAAAUUUGGACAAAGAGGAAGCAGUACUCACAAAUACAUCUAGUAGCUGUCAUUCAAAUCAAAGCAUGAAAGACGCUGCUUCAAUCAACGAUCUUUCAAAUACCCAUGAGGCUUCAAUACAAACGGGAGGAGAAGCUGAAGCACUACUAUCUAAAGACCUUAGCCAGCAAUUAGAAACUGAGGAGUCGAAAGUUGAGGAGGCCUUAAAAAGAAUAACCUCGCCUCCAUUACCAUCGAGAGUUGACAAUGUUGAGAACUGCAUGCCUGUCCCUCUCAAAGCUUCAUCCCCCCCAGUGCCUCCAAGAUAUAAAAACGGUAAAGCCUCCUUUGAUCAACCUCAAUUACCUCCAAGGCAAAUGGUUAAUGCGGAAACUCUCCAUUUGAAGACGCCUCAUGGUAAUGUGAUUCCUCUUAAACCAUCAGUGGAUGUUGUAGGUGAUCAUCCUUCACCUGUACCACCAAUAUUACCUCCACGCCGUAUAGAAAAUCCUCUGGACUUAGCGUCCAGAAUGCACUUCCUAGCAAGUACAUUUAAGAGAAAUAUGCUUUUCUAUGAAAAUGAAAGUAAUUCAAUCAAAUGUGAUUUGGAUAAUAAUAUACUCAGUCUGAAAGAGAACUCGAGAAAAAUUGACUCUCAUCAAUUGCCUGAAGAGAUCAAAUCAUUUUGGUUGAAUACUAUAGACGACUAUCAACACAUUCUACUGGAUGAUACUGAAGCCUUACACGCCCAACUAUCUUGUGGUAUACCAGCCGCUUAUCGUUUAAUAGUCUGGCAGUUAGUGAGUUACGCGAAAUCAAAAUCCUUUGACUCUAUAUAUGAAACUUACCUAACACAAGAUGCACCAUUUGGCGUCCAGGAAUUGGAGGAUCAGCUGAACGUGAUGGCUGGUAUAUCUUCUGCAAACAUAAAAAGUAUAUCCAAUGUGUUAAAGGCCUAUUUACUAUUUGAUCCCGAAUGCGCUUUUUCUAUCGACAUGGCUUAUAUUAUCAAUAUGAUAUUAAACGUUUGCGAGAACGAAGCAAAUGCAUUUGGUCUAUUUGUGCGCCUGAUGAAAGUUUAUGGUUUAAGGCUAUUGUUUUUACCAAGUGCUUCUGAGGUCGACAUUCUUUGCUAUAAAUUUGAUAGACUUGUAGAAGAGUUCUAUCCAGACAUCUAUAGCAACAUGGUUGAGAAGGGCGUUCGCUCUUCUAUGUUUUUGCCUGGUUUCCUCACCACAUUGUUUCAAAAGAAACUUCCCAUUGAAAUUCAACCACGAAUCGGUGACAUGAUAUUUCUAGAAAGUCUUGACUCUACUAUGAGAAUCCUGGUUACAUUGUUAUGUAAUUCCAGAGACGAACUAUCAAAAAUGGAUUUUGAUGAUAUGCUGGAGUUAUUAAAAUCAGGUCUAUUGGAUGCUUAUAUUAAGCGAGUAAAUGAUGCACAAAGUGGCGCUCUUUCCGCCAAUGAAUGCGUAGAUAAACUACUCCAAGAUUCUAUGAUGGAAUUAAAGAUCACCCCAAAGACUAUGAAGAAGUAUGCUUCUGAAUAUGAGGAAAUUCAUAGGUUGGAUAACGAAAGGGAAGAGCAAUAUAAAUCUAUUACAGAAAAGAACUUGCAUCUACAAAAGCAUGUACGUAAACUGGAAAAUGAUUAUACUUCUUUAAAUAGAGAGCAUGUGACAAUUGCAAACGAGUUAGUGAAAAACCGGCUUAACAUUGAAUCAAUAUUGAAUGAAAACAAUGGACAUAAACUUCAAAUUCUGGACUUGAAGAAAAAAUUAGAUUCGGAAAAAAAGAAACAAGCUUCAAGUGUGUAUGUUCCUAACGAUUUGAAGAAAGAUUUGGAAGAGACAAUGAAAAAAAACUCUCAAGUAAUGGACGAAAAUUUGAAAUUACAGGACAGAGUCUCAGAGCUAGAAAGAACUGUCGAAGCAAUCAGAGUUGCAAACGAAAAUGGUGUUCUAUUUGAAUAUUCCAAUUCUAAGAAUCAUCCUUUAGGGACCAGUUGGUCAGGAUUCAGAAAGGUUUUUAAGUAA